AUGAUGACUGAUGUUUCCUCAUCCACUUUAUCCUUCAAAAGCAGGAGGCUCACCGCCAACCUCGGUUGUUCAGAAGCUCAUGACAUUUUUCAAGCUUCGCCAUAUUCUUCUUCACAGUACUGUGAUCAGGACGAUGAACUUUAUGAAUUCACCGCAGAUGAUUAUUAUCGGAUCUUGAAUAGCCGGAAGAUGAGAGGCGCAGAAGAAGAACAGCAGAGAGCUUGCAGGUCGACGAUCACGAAGACGGUAAUUAGGGUUCGAUGUCCUGAUAAACAGUUAGAGCCCAUGACUUUUCAUCCAUCGGAAAAGAUUCAGAGCUUGCUAGAUCGUCUCAGCAAAGAAGUCGCUCGGCCGUUCCAGAUCUACACCACUCCUCCUAAGAAGCUGAUAAGAGACAUGGCACAGGAUUUUUACUCUGCUGGGUUUGUUCCUGGUGCCAUUGUUUAUCUAUCAUGCCAGUAA